AUGGAGAAUAAUAAUUCCAUUUCUAUAUUAAUGUUGAACAUUCAGGGCUUACGAGCUCUUUCUAAUCGUUCCACAUUAUUUUCUUGGUUGAAUUGCAUGAAAGCGGAUGUUAUAUGCUUACAGGAGACUCAUUCUACUUCGGCGGAUGAAUUUACUAAUUGGAUACGUUAUGAGUCAGAUCACGGUAAUAAUCUUCAGCGUUAUUCUGUUGUUUCGUCGCCUGGAUCUGCACGAAGCUCGGGUGUUGCUAGCCUUUACAAGCCAUCACUCAAGUUGGAAUAUUCUUUUUGCGAUGAUGAUGGUCGUCUCGUGGUUGCUCAUUUGUCUGAUGUUGCUAGUGAGUCAUCUGUUUUUCAAGUUGCAAACAUUUACGGUCCCAAUCGAAAGCAGCUUGGGGAAGCAUUUUUUACAUCUAUUCUGCCUCAGAUGGAUCCCUCCCUUCCUACCAUCUUCUGUGGAGAUUUCAAUACGGUUGUUGAUUCCGACAUGGAUCGUUUGGGCUGUAAUCCUUCCUCAUAG